UAGGUCCCUAAAUUUCUCGUUUGCUGCAGGAGAGCGCCGCGUCGAUCGAUCGAAAGUUGAACGGUUGCCCAGCGUUCUCAGCAGCUUUCAUGUCAGUUGUAACAGUGCCGCUGGAGAGUAAAGACAUUUACUACAGAGAACUUGUGGUCGUGUAUGCCAGGCGAGACGCAACGGCGGAUAGAAAAGCAAAAGAAAAACAUCAAUAGAGCUCCAGCUUCAUCUUGCUGGUCCUACUACUGAUAGCAAGGUCUAUCCUUUUAUUACUGAACCUCAGCGUGUGUUUGAUUUUAUACUAAAACAAUGAGUCUGCGACUAACGCGCCGCGUUGGCCAAGUCAACAAACUUCUAAAAGUUGCGUCUGCAAAUGCAGCGGCCACCCACAACAAUUACUUUACCUAUGUGCGUGAAUUAUCGCAUCCGCUGCCUCGCGAGCCACCAAUUGUUUCAGCCGAGGAAGCCGUCUCCUGCAUUAAAUCUGGCGACACUGUUUUCGCUCAGGGCGCUGCGGCAACGCCGGUUGCCUUGCUGAAUGCCAUGACAAUGCAUGGCAAGUGCAACAAUCUGAAUAAUAUAACUGUAUGCCAUAUGCAUACGGAAGGUCCUGCCGAGUACUGCAAGCCGGAGUAUAAGGAUAUUUUCCGCUCAAACUCAUUCUUCAUGGGCGCCAAUGUGCGCAAGGCGGUGGCCGAAGGUCGUGGCGAUAAUGUGCCCAUCUUUUUGCAUGAGAUACCACAGCUGUUCUACAAGAAGAUUGUGAAACCCGAUGUGGCACUUAUACAUGUCUCACCGCCAGAUAAUCAUGGAUACUGUUCGCUCGGCACAAGCGUGGAUUGUGUGCGCGCCGCAUUGCUGAACUCCAAGCUUAUAAUUGCUCAGAUUAAUCCAAAGAUGCCGCGUACUUUCGGCGAUGCCAUCAUACACAAAUCACAUUUCGAUUUUGCUACUGAGGUGUGCGAGCCGCUGCCACAGCAUGGAACUGGUGAAAUAUCCGCCGUGGAGCAAAAGAUUGGCAAACUGAUUGCAGAGAAUCUGGUUAAGGAUGGCGCUACGCUGCAGAUGGGCAUUGGCAGCAUACCCGAUGCCGUGUUGAACGCACUGCACAACCACAAGGAUCUGGGCAUACACUCUGAAAUGUUUGCCAAUGGCGUUGUGGAGCUAGUCAAGAAGGGUUGCGUGACCAACAGCAAAAAGAAGAUGCAUCAGGGCCGUAUUGUAGGCUCUUUCCUUAUUGGUGAUCAGCCGCUUUAUGAUUUUGUUGACAACAAUCCCUUUAUUGAAAUGUAUGCCAUCGAUUAUGUGAAUAACACGAGCAUUGUUAAGCAACAGCCACGCAUGACAGCCAUUAACAGUUGCAUUGAGGUGGAUCUGACUGGUCAGGUCUGUUCAGACUCUAUUGGUACACGUUUCUAUUCUGGCUUUGGUGGUCAGGUGGACUUUAUACGCGGCGCUGCCGAAGGUAUUGAUGGACUGGGUGUGCCCAUUAUUGCCAUGCCCUCCACCACCAACAAAGGUGAAAGCAAAAUUGUGCCUACACUCAAACCAGGCGCUGGCGUUGUUACGUCACGUGCUCACGUUCAUUACGUUGUCACGGAGCACGGCAUAGCAUCGUUGUUUGGCAAGAACGUACGUCAACGCAUGUACGAGCUCAUACAAAUUGCUGAUCCUAAGCAUCGUGAGGCACUGGAGAAGGAGUGCGUGGAGCGCAUUAAGAUCAAGCCCAGUCCCAACUAAGGCACCAACGACAACGAAUCCAGCUGGCAUCUGUUACGUUACAAUAGUUCAAGUUCAGUCAAACAGAAUUUUUAAUUUUUCUACAGUCAAAGUGCAUUCCCUCUGUCCCCAAAAAUGAUUUGCUUUCAGUAAUUGCGACAUUUAGAAAAUUACAGAAUUUUUAUAUAAAUAAAACAAAAAA